AUGUUGUUCAUGGCGAGACGGGCAUUGAGAGCUUUGAAAGGAGUAGUAAGGCUGCAAGCUCUGGUUCGUGGUCGACAAGUGAGGAAGCAGGCAGCUGUGACACUGAGGUGCAUGCAGGCUCUUGUUCGAGUUCAGGCCCGAGUUAGAGCGCGUCGCGUAAGAAUGUCCGUUGAGGGCCAAGCAGUGCAGGAUGUGCUUAAUAAAAUACGCACCAAGGAUGAUAUUUUGAAAGAAGCUGAGAAAGGAUGGUGCGAUAGUAAGGGGACUCUGCAAGAUAUUAAGGCAAAGCUUCAAAUGAGGCAGGAAGGUGCUUUCAAGAGAGAAAGAGCAAUAGCAUAUUCUCUUGCUCAAAAGCAAUGGAGUUCAAACCCCAAUUCAAAUAGUCGAACAAAUGGUUCCAUUUCAUCUAUCAAGAAUCAAGAUUUUGACAAGAACAGCUGGGGAUGGAGUUGGCUGGAACGUUGGAUGGCCGCUCGGCCAUGGGAGAGCCGAUUGAUGGAACAAUCACAUGCUGACCCUUCAGAAACUACUCCACCCUCAAAGAGUUGUGCAGAUUAUAUUCUAGGUUCACGGUCUAAAUCUUCAGAACCGUGCUCGGUAAAGAUUAAAAAGAACAAUGUUACCACAAGGAUUUCUGCUAAACCUCCCCAUAUUGGGCAAGUUACACGUUCUUCUUCUAGCCCAAGUUCUGAGUUUCGAUAUGAUGAGAGUUCAGCUUCAUCAUCAAUAUGCACUUCUACAACUCCAGUGUCAGGGAACACCUUUUUGCCCUCGGAUAGAACAGAGGAGAGUGGUAAUAGCCGGCCAAACUAUAUGAACCUUACUGAGUCAACAAAGGCGAAGCAGAGAAUCAAUUAUUUAUCUCACAGAAUUCGGCAAUCCAUGGAUGAGUUUCAGUUCCUGAAGAAAUCAGCCGUUUUCUCUAAUGGGGAUUCGAAAAGCAGUGCAGGUUCUGAUCCUUCAAUCAAUAUGUCUAAGCCAUUUUACCUGCCAUCCCGAUUGGAUAAGAGCUCAAUCAAAGUAUGAAACAAAGGGAGCAGGGGUUUGUAUGAUUAGAUGGAUUAGUUUAUGCUUUUUGAAGAAAGUUCAACAGCUUGUUGGGCACUGUUAUUCAGAACCUGUAUUUAUAUCAGUUGUCCUAUGACUAAGCUGUACUUAGUCCUGGGGUAAGAUUUGAGGCGAUUUCUUUUGUAAAAUAUGUUGUUCAUGGUGUGGGAAUUCAUUCU